GGUUAUUAUGCUAUGCUUGGUAAAUUGUUUGGUAUGUUACUGUAUAGUUCAUGACAAGACAAAUCGUUAUCAUGUUCUUGUGCUUGCUUUAUAUGAAGAAUGUAGUAGUUUUUGUUAACUAAUUUUUUUAUAAUGAAAAUAAAAGAAUGUCACAGAUCGAAGUGAAAGCAAUAUCUUGUGGGCUAUUUCUUGUUUUUUGAGGAAACUUGUGAUUCAUGUGUUUUCAGUUAUGAUACUGUGGCCUUUUCAUGUUCUUUGAGCAGUGGAUUUGAGUGAUUUGUGAAAAUGGGCCACCCGGAGAAUAUAAAUGCCCUUGCAUUUUCCAGACAAAAGGUUCUUGUGCCAGUUAAAGUCCACAUGGGUGACGAUGCUUGUGGCGUGGAAACAGUGCCGAUCAAACAAAUUCCUUCAUCUGGUGGAGAGGAGGAUGUGGAAGUUGAUAUCAUUGGGUGCUCAAAUUUGGGGAAAGCUUCUCUGAUGGAAGAUUCUUGUGAGGAUGCCCCCGAGUGUUCCAGUUCUUUUGGUGAUACAGGAGCUGGCACCGAGAAUGCCGCAUCCUUUAGCGAUACUGAAGUUGAAUCAAGAAAGCGUGUAGACGAUCCAUCCUCAUCAAAGUGUGAUGAUCGGUUCGAAUCAUGCCAAGGAAGAAAGAAAAGGAUGACAAAAGGUUUGACAAGUCAUUGGAGGAGGUUCAUACACCCUAUUUCACGGCGCUGUAAGUGGAUUGAAUUGCAGAUGAAGCAACUUCAGUCUCAAGCACGUAAAUAUGAGAAAGAGCUUGCAGCAUACAAUUACACAAAGCAGCUUGAUUUUGCACACUUUACAUCAGAAGACUCUAAUAUCAAAUCUAUCCCUAUAUCUGAUCGGAUGCAUAGAAAUAAAGUUAUGAAGAGGAACAAAAGAAAAAGAGUUGAAGAACAGUGUGAUAUAGAAUUAUACAUGUCUAACCAUAGUUUAUUCUCCUAUUACGAGAAAACAGAUUGUACUGCUGUUUUGAAAGAUGUUUGUGAUGUUGGUAUAGGAGGCGUCAAUGAUAGGGACAAAGAAUUCAAGCUGAAUAAUGAGUGGUCUUUUGGAGAGUAUGGAAAUGUUGAUAAAUCCUUGAAUGACAUCAUUCAGAAGAUUGAAGCUAUACAGUCACAAGUUCAGCAAUUAAAAACUAGAAUCGACAUGGUGAUAAGUGAAAGUGGUGGAAAGUUUUGUUCUAUAAUUCAAUUGAGCAUACAUGGCCCAUCUGAUGGAUUUAAUCAUUUUGAUUCUACUUUCACCAGUAAUGGAAACAAAUUACCAUUUAGUUUUCCUCAUUUCUCAUCUCAGCUUCAGUCUGAGUUUCACAUGGGAGAUCUACUUAUGCCUGGAAAUGCAUCAGCUAGUCGUGAAGUGAUGAUUCCCUGUAUUGAAACCACUGAUGGGCCUGAGCUUGAUGAUCCAUUGAAAGAUUAAUUAUGGUCGUGUUUCAAGGCUGAUUUUCUAUUGUAGUUCUCCCAUGAAGCAUGAAUAUGGCAGGCAGUGUCAUAUCAUUGGUCAAUGUGACCUAUGGAUAUGGCCACUUGUUGCAUAUGCUUUCAUUUCCUUUGAUUUGGGUGCUCAGUGACACAUCUCAGACAUAGCUCAUAUACUACUAUAUUUCAAGAAUUAGGAGGGUCUGCAACGAGAUUUUAGACUCUCUGAAACUCAAAUGAAAUUGGGAUUGUUGGAAAAACAUCUAAUCUGGUAAAGAAGUCAAUGAUCUGGGUAUCAGCAUUUUGGGGUUCCAUUUGUUUGUGUAGGAUGGAGUGGGGUCUAUUAGAAUAGGGUUAUAGAGAGAACAGAGGCCAUAGUGUGAGCAGAUCUGUGAUGUUUUGCAUCAAUGAAUGAAACACAAGGUUAGAGCAGCUUUGUAAAAAUCAGAUAAGAGUUGGGGAAAGGUGGAAUGUGGUUUAGUUAGCUUGUGUAGAGUGAAAUUCAGUUCAAAUUGAUACAUUACUGAACUCUUUGAUCUAAAUUUACGUAAGCAUUUUAUUCUUAACCAAUCACAAAUGUGUAAUUCAUGAUGACUGAAAUUCGGUUAUAGAUAGUCCUGUAUUAUUUCCAUGUUAUCCAAUUUCUAGUGCGAUGAAAAAUUGAGAUGCUCAAUUCAAUGUUUUUUCAAAGGAAUAUCCUUGGUGGUUGUGAUAUACUUUUUGUGUGUAUUAACUUCAAUUUAUUUUAAAAUUUAAAACCGUUUCAUAAAUAAUUGUGUGCAUAUGAAUAUCCUAGGUUAGCUUUGCUAUUCUUAGCCGGUCCCAAGCCCGGACAAAAGGAGAGGGUUGUGUUAGGCUUUCGACAGCCAACGUAAAACUUUGUCGAAUCUCUAUGACAUGGAUCAAUUACGUAAUAAUGUGAAUGCUAGG